CUGCCGGGUGUCGCAUGCCUGCCUUCCCCUGGCUGCCCCCUCCCUCCGUCCCCGCCCCCUCGGCCCUUCUGCUCCCCGGCGUGACUUGGCACUGAGAGCCCCGGGAGGAGCCGCCGCGGCCGCCGCCUCCUCUGUCCAGGCCUCGGCCUUCCUGAGCGUGGCCCUACCGCUCCCCGGGGGCUUCUCAUCUUUUCAGUUUCGAAGCCGGUGGCGUCGCAGCUUCCUGCCGGACAGUCUGAGGAUGGUGGGAGUGAAGCCGGUCGGGAGCGACCCGGAUUUCCAGCCGGAGCUGAGCGGCGCGGGCUCCCGCCUCGCCGUGGUCAAGUUCACCAUGCGGGGGUGUGGACCAUGUUUAAGGAUUGCCCCAGCAUUCAGUUCUAUGAGUAAUAAGUAUCCGCAGGCAGUUUUCUUGGAAGUAGAUGUGCAUCAGUGUCAGGGAACAGCUGCCACCAACAAUAUAUCAGCAACACCCACAUUUUUGUUUUUCCGAAACAAAGUAAGAAUUGAUCAAUAUCAAGGAGCAGAUGCUGUGGGAUUAGAAGAAAAAAUCAAGCAGCACUUGGAAAAUGACCCUGGAAGCAACGAGGACACAGAUAUCCCAAAAGGCUAUAUGGAUUUAAUGCCUUUUAUUAAUAAAGCUGGCUGUGAAUGUCUUAAUGAAAGUGAUGAACAUGGAUUUGACAACUGUUUACGAAAAGACAUGACCUUCUUGGAGUCUGAUUGUGAUGAACAGCUGCUUAUUACUGUGGCAUUCAAUCAACCUGUUAAGCUUUACUCAAUGAAGUUUCAAGGACCAGAUAAUGGUCAGGGUCCUAAAUAUGUAAAAAUUUUCAUCAAUUUACCCCGAUCGAUGGAUUUUGAAGAGGCGGAAAGGAGUGAACCAACUCAAGCUCUGGAACUCACAGAGGAUGAUAUUAAAGAAGAUGGCAUUGUCCCACUUCGUUAUGUCAAGUUUCAGAAUGUUAACAGUGUAACUAUAUUUGUUCAGUCCAAUCAAGGUGAAGAAGAAACAACAAGAAUUUCAUAUUUUACUUUUAUUGGUACUCCAGUCCAGGCAACAAAUAUGAAUGACUUCAAACGAGUCAGAAGAAGCAGAGAGUAACAUCUACAUUUUUUAUAAGAAAUACGCUGUCCUGGAAAAAUGUCUUUUUUAAUCCAACUCAAAUGAACUAAAAACCGAAGAUUCUUUAAAGUGAAGUGAUAGGAAGCCUGACCUUAUCUCACUCUCCUCCCUUCCUUGCUUCUCCACUCAUCUAGCUCUCACUCUUUUCAUGUCCUCACCAUUGCUGAUGCAAGAUCUCUGCAGCUUCUGUCAUCUGGAUCAGCCUUCUUGUUUUCUGCAUUUCUUCAACCAUCUUUCUUCAGUUCUCAUCAUAAUCAUGUUUCUCAUUUGGCCUUUUACUUUGUUUAUAUUUUUGUUUUGAGCUUGCAUCUAGGUGCUUUUAAUUUCAUUCCCAUGCCAUAUAUAUAUAUACACACAAACUUUCCUCUUGUUUCAUAUUCAAUUUUGUACUCCCAUUUUGAGAAAUCAUAUUACCAAUAAGAUUUACAUGGUUAGAAAUGCUUUCAGAUUUAAAUCAGUUGCAUAAAUUUUAAUUCAGUCUAAACUUUACAUUUUCAUUUUUUGGGAAACUAAACAAUUGUUUUGGAAAUCAAAUGUGAAUAUGCUUAUCCUUUAUACUACUAGUAGUAUUAUAUUAAUUUGGUUUUAGUGGAGAGCUGUGGAGUUUCUUUUCUCAUAGGAGUUGUCUAAGUCUUUUUUGCUGAUGAGUUGUAUGUCCCUGCUUUUUCUAUCCAAGUAAGUUCAAGGCCAAUUGAAAGACUUAACGAAAUGAAUGCUAUACUUGCAUUCAAAUAGUGUCAUAAGAGAUCACUGGACUCUUUGUUGAAUAAAUACUUUUGGCAUCUAA